GCUGGCUGGCUCGCUCGUGGAGUGGAAGGAGAGAGCGCGCCUCGACGAGAGGCAGAAACCGGGGGGAUACGAUUAAAAAAUCGUAGAAAUAAUCGAUUUCGGGGGGAUUUGAUUAUUCGUAGGGAUUUGUUCCAGUUGGACGGGAGCUCUGAGGAGAGGAGAAGGAGGAUUGACACAGAGGGGAAAGUUUUUUCGCUGUUUUUCGGGUUUUUUUGGGGGGGCUCACCGGGCCAUCAGUGCUGGGCUGGUGCUGGGGCUGGUAGUUGGUUGGUUGGCUGGUUUGCUGUGGGCGACCUGUUGUGUGCAGCUAGUUAGCUAACUAGCUUAGCUGUGGGUUAUUUUUGUCUGUGUGUUGGUUUGUUUUAAUGUUUAAUGCUGGAGAACUGGCCUUCUACUGAGGACAAGCGAGCUUAAUCUCACCACCCUGCUGUCCCCACCCCUCCCCACUUAUCUCUCUCUCUCUCUCUCUCUCUACCUCUCUCUCUUUCUAGCUAUCUUUCUCUCACCCUCUCUCUCUUUCUAGCUAUCUCUCUAACAGCAGCUAGCUUAGCCUGGUCAUUUAUCUAUCUAUCUAUCUGUCUGUCUAUCAAAAUAACAAGCAGAAUAAUAGCAUAGGUUAGCUAUACAGCUAACUAAUAAGCUCUGGUGGCUUCUUGAGUAAGGCAGUAAUCAGCAGGCAGGCAGAGAGACAGUCUUAGCUUGCUAGCAAAGCCUAGCUUAGCUAAGCUAACUUAAUACAACACCGCUAACUACCUCCCUCUCUGUCUCUCUAACCUUCUUAGCUUUCUAUGCUGAGCUUUUAGCUAUCUCUUCUCACGUCAAAGACAGGGUAGCCUCUUCUUUUCCAGUUUAUACCUGGCGUUAGCUACCUGGACGGACGUCAAACGAGCAGAAAGCUAACUUAGCUACAGGACUGAACACCCGUCAGAAGAUCUGCACAACCUCCUGGAUUUAGGAGUUAGCCAACUAGCUAAGCUAACUAGGCUAAACUCAGUCAGAUUGAUUAGCUAUCUAUCUAUAUAUCUUUCUAUCUAUCUUUCUGUUCAUCAACAGCUUAGCUAGUUUGGCUAGUUAACUUCUGUCUUCACCCCAAAUUAAAUCAGUCUACAGCGAAUUAUUUUUAUAUCUAGCUAAAUUAGUGAGCUAGUUAGCCAGCUAACUGCUAUAACUGCUAGGUACCUAGGUUAGUUGGUACUGGAAAUUAACGCGAGCUAGUUUAGCUAACGCUAACUAAGCUAAGCUAAUUAGCGCUAACCCUACAGCUAGUCUCCUCUCCUGCUAGCUGCUUCUUCUUCUUAUUUUUCUCUUCCUCAGAUCUAUCUUUCUAUUCCUCCUUAAAUUCUUUUUACCUCCUAAACGAAAGAGUCUACAGAUAGUUGAUUUAUCGAUUAGCUCGCUGUUGAAUUUAGUUGGUACUGAUCUUUUUUUAUCAGCAUUAUUAACGUUAGCUAAAUACAUUACCUAUCUGUCCAGCUAGCUAAGCUAACUAGCUCGGAAAUAUCUAGGAAGGAGAAAGCAAGGCUGGGCAAUUUGUUAAGCGAUAUUUUUAAGUUUUUGUCUGCUUUAUUUCUUUGGGACAGGUUUACAAAACAUUAGCCAGAGGUUGUCAAACUUUUUUGAGGCACAAAAAAGCUUAACUUCAGAUUGCUAAGCAAGUUCAAACUACUAACGUUAAACUAGGACGUUGUUUCUCCUUGAAAGUGUGUUUUUGUGAGUUUUUGAGCUUUUUUGUACUAACUACUUCUUGGCACUUUCUGCUGCCCACUUGUUUAAUAACAAGUUAUUAAAGUUAUACACACUGGUGGGCAGAUUUUGUCAAUUUCUGACAUUAAAGGUUUUACAGUACUCGUCCAAGGCCCGUCCACUAGCUGGUAAAUAACUGACUCUAGCUAGGUUAAUUACAUGGACUGAUAAAAGAGAAGUUUAUUAUUUAUAUUUUUGUACGAUCCGCUCCAGAAAUUCUCUAUAUAAAUAUAUUCUAAGUUAGUUAGGUAUCAGGAUACUAAGCACCGCACAGCCAUGAGUAUUGAGAUCCCGGUGGGUCUGACCGAGCUGCUGCAGGGCUACACCGUGGAGGUGCUCCGCCAGCGGCCGCCGGAUCUGGUGGAGUUCGCCGUGCAGUAUUUCACCCGCCUGCGGGACACCAGGAGCCAGGACGGGUCCGGAGCCGCAGCUAAAGGCAAGGGGGUGAUGUUCGAUGGAGAGCCGAUGCAGACGGAGUCUAACGGGGAUGAAGACGACGAGGACGACGAUUCUGACUUCGAGCCUCCUCCCCCCAGCAGAUUUAACCGGAGAGUGUCGGUGUGUGCAGAACCUUUAAACCCUGAUGAUGACGAUGAAGAUUCGGAGCCGAGAGUCGUUCACCCAAAAACAGACGAGCAGAGAUGCAGGUUACAGGAGGCCUGCAAAGACAUCCUGCUGUUCAAAGCUCUCGACCAGGAGCAGUUCUCACAAGUUCUGGACGCCAUGUUUGAGGUGAUUGUGCAGCCGCAGGAACACGUAAUCGACCAGGGAGACGACGGGGAUAAUUUCUACGUUAUUGAGAGGGGGGUGUAUGAUAUCGUGGUACAGAAGGAUGGUGUGGGAUGCUGUGUUGGUCAGUAUGAUAAUAAGGGCAGUUUUGGAGAGCUGGCCCUCAUGUACAACACACCCCGCGCCGCCACCAUCAUCGCCAAGCAGGAGGGAGCCCUCUGGGGACUGGACCGAGCAACAUUCCGUAGGCUGAUAGUGAAGAACAAUGCGAAGAAGAGGAGAAUGUACGAGUGCUUCAUCGAGUCCGUGCCGCUUCUCAAAUCUCUGGAGAUAUCUGAGAGGAUGAAGAUUGUUGAUGUUCUUGGAGUGAAGAUUUUCCAUGAUGGCGAGAGAAUCAUCAUGCAGGGUGAUAUGGCAGACUGCUUCUACAUUGUGGAGUCUGGGGAGGUGAAGAUCAUGAUGAAGAGCAAAACAAAAGCAGACCGGCAGGAUAACGCAGAGGUGGAGAUCACUCGCUGCACCAGAGGACAGUACUUCGGAGAGCUCGCCCUCGUCACCAACAAACCACGAGCUGCCUCAGCGUACGCUGUCGGAGAUAUCAAAUGCUUGGUGAUUGAUGUGCAGGCGUUUGAGAGGUUGCUGGGUCCGUGUAAAGAGAUCAUGAAGAGGAACAUCGCUCACUAUGAGGAACAGCUGGUGGCGCUGUUCGGCUCCAGCAUGGAUCUCAGAGACUGAGAGAGACUGGUUGUGCCUUACACACACACACACACACACACACACACACACACAUAUAUAUAUAUAUAUACACACACACACACACACACAUACAUAUCCUAACAUAUAGUUUAUAUACACACUCCACAUUUUGUAGGCACACUCCUCCUCCUUUUUAUGCUCAACUUAAUCCAGAAGAGAGGGACGACAAAAAUGUUCUGCUCUCGCUCAGUGUCUCUCUCUUUCUCUUAUUCUUUCUAUCCCUCUCUCUCGUUCUCUCUUUUUCUUUCUCUCUCUCAAAAAACACACACUCAUGCACGCCUGCCUGCAGUCAAAACAUCAGCUUUCCGGUAUGAUUAGAAGCAUUGCCCUCUCUACAGCUGUGCCCCUGAACCAUCCUGGCAAGGACGAAUACACACACACACACACACACACACAUUUAUACACACAACACACACACACUCUUCAAAAUACCCUCAUACACUCCACAUACGCUAAACAACAAAUAAACCCAGCCAAGGACCAUCCCUUCCCACGGACACUCUCCGAAGACAGGAAGACUUCAGUGGACUGAAGAAAAGAAAAGAAAUAAAGAAAAGGAAUGGUUGGGGGUGAAAAACAAGACAAAAAAAAAACAAGAAAUCUAAAGUUAAAUCUAAGAUAAAAAAAAAAAUCCAAAUAAAAAAGCUGAAGUUUUAGAAGCAUUUUAUGACAGUGCGAAGCUUUGAUUAACAUUUAUUUAAUAAGAACAUGUUUCCUUUCCUGCUGUUGGUGCGUUGAGUUGAGUUAGUGCUGGUGGUUCUCCACGGUGACCGGCGUUAGGUCCUCGUCUCUCGCUCACACCCACUCCACACCUCGUAUUGAUUAAUGUACUAUGAUUAUUAUUAUUAUUAUUAUUAUUAUUACUAUAUAUGGAUUAUUAUUUUUGUUGGGCCGGCGGUCUCUCUGUUGGAGGAUGUGAGGAAGAUUCUAGUGCUUAUUUCUUCUCUUGGUCAUUCUGGAUCAGUUUAAGUCCCGAAGAUUAAAUAAAGCAAACAUUUUGGUAA